AUGGCUGCGUUCAACAGGUUCGUGUCCCGUGUAAUCAAAAUGUUUUGGGCAACUGUACCCAUUCUUGUUCUUCUCUUGCACGUUAAUGGCGGUUGUUGUUAUCAACCCCAUGAAAGAGAUUACCUUUUGCAUUUCAAGUCGUCUCUUCUUGAUCCCUUAAAUCAAGUGCUCAAUUCAUGGCAUGGUUUCAACUGCUGUGAGUGGAAUGGAAUCCAAUGCCAUCCUCAUACACAUCAUGUCAUUCGUCUCGAUCUCCACAGUUCCUAUGAUGCUCGUUAUGGUUUAAGGCCUGGUCUCAAAAGGCCUCUGAGUAAUUUAAGUGGCGAUGUUCUUUCCCCGUUGGUCAAUCUGGAACAAUUGGAGCACCUGGAUCUCAGCUGGAAUAAUUUCAGUGGAGUUCCCAUCCCUCCUGGAUUGGACAGACUCAAGAGUUUGCGCUACUUGGACUUAUCAUGGGCUGGGUUUGCUGGGGAUAUUCCCACGGAGCUGGGGAACAUGUCUACUUUGCUCUACCUGGAUCUCUCUGGGUACCUUGGGUUGAGAAUGGUGAACAUGCGGGCGUGGUGGGGAAACAUGAGACAUUUACGGGAGCUUAUCCUGGACUCUGUAGAUAUGUCAAGAGUGGAGAGCAAUGAGUUGGACAACGCUCUCUCCGCCAUGUAUUCUCUCACCCGUCUUCAAAUGUUCGUAUGUCACCUGUCUGGAGGAAUUCCCCCUUCCCUUGCCAACCUCACCAAUCUCACCCACCUCCGACUUCAGACCAACUCUUUCAAUGGUAGCAUCCCUUCUUCCCUGCUGAGCCUUCCAAGACUGCAACACGUGGACUUGUCCCGGAACAAGGAUCUGGGAGGGAAUCUGUCUAGCCUUCUACCCCAACACUCUUCUUCCCUUCACACCCUCCACCUUUACCACACAGCAGUGGGAGGAAGUAUUCCAGAUUCUGUUGCCAACAUUUCCUCGUUAACUGUCUUGGAUCUCUACAGUUGCUAUGUCGAAAGUAUUCCAAGUACGAUGGCAAAUCUUACAGCGCUUAAAGAAUUGGAUCUCUCUGGUAACAUGUUAAGAGGGCAGAUCCCGCCGUUUGGGGAUAGACCUUCCUUAGGAAGACCUUUUCCUUUGGCCUAUAUUGAUCUUUCCCAAAACCAGUUGGAUGGUCCCAUUCCCCCAAAGCUCUUAACUGCAUUUCCGAACCUCCAACAUGUUGAUAUGAGUUACAAUAUAUUGACUGGUAAAAUACCCCCUUUAAUCGGCCAACUACUAUCUCUGGAAUCGCUUGCUCUAGGCAACAACAAAUUAGAAGGUGCCAUCCCUCUCAACAUUUCCAAUAUUCUUAAACUGAAAAGCCUUUACUUGUACUCCAACCGGUUAAAUGGGGAUUUUUCAGAGUCUCAACUUGAUAAUCUCAGCCAACUUGUCCAUGUAGACAUUUCCAAUAACCUUUUAACUGUCAAGUUCAGUCCAACAUGGAUUCCAAAAUUCUCUUUGCAAUCACUGGGAUUAAGUUCAUGUAACAUGGAAGGCGGGUUUCCAACGUUCCUAAUAACUCAGUAUGAGGUUCAGAUAGUGGAUCUGUCCAACAACAGUAUUGCAGGAAAUAUUCCCCAGUGGAUAUGGGGUGUCAAUUCUCUCCUGUUUCUCAAUCUUUCUCAUAAUCACUUUGCAGGAGAUCUACCUCAUUCGUUGAUGGGAAGUCGAUUACAGACUCUGGAUUUGCACAACAAUAAUUUACAAGGUCAACUUCCGCUUCUUUCUGUUCUUCUCGGGCUGUUGGACGUGUCAGAGAAUCAACUCAGUGGAUCCAUUCCAGCAGAAAUUGGUGAGUAUCGUAAACUUGGAUAUCUGUCUCUCUCUCGAAAUCAUCUCAACGGUAGCAUUCCACCUUCUAUAUGCCAAAUACCGUGGUUGUACUUUCUGGAUCUCUCAAAUAACAAGCUUACAGGUAACAUUCCCACCUGUAACAUUCUCGCCUGUAACAUUCCCGCCUAUGUAGAAAAUUGUACUUUAAUUGAGAUGUUGAACUUAGAGAACAAUUAUCUGGAGGGCAAGUUGUCACGGCAGUUUGCAAACAUGCCUUCUCUCAAGACAUUAAAAUUGGGUGGGAAUGGACUAAAUUCAUAUAUUCCAUCCUCUCUUGCAAACUGUAAGCAGUUAGAGAUACUAGAUUUGAGCAAUAACAGAAUGAUAGGGAAAAUUCCAAAUUGGAUAGGGCAGCUUUCAAAUCUUAAGGUUUUGAUCUUGAGAUCAAAUAGACUUGAAGAUAUUAUACCUUCAGAAAUUACAACAUUACCACUUCUUCAAAUCUUAGAUCUUUCAUCCAACAGAAUUUCAGGAAUUAUUCCAGGCAACAUCUCAUCUUUGCAGGCUAUGAAAAAUCAGACAGUGACUGGUGAAAUAUUUCAUUCUGCAGUUGUCACAAAUGGAAGCUCUGCAGGUAAUUCAAAUCCAAUCAAUGUUGAUCAAGAGACAAUCAUUAACAAAGCACGGGAGAUGGAGUAUGCAAGAUCAUUGGCUCUAGUAAAAUCUAUUGAUUUAUCAAACAACAAUUUAACAGGUGUAAUUCCUCAAAAUAUUGGAUUGCUCGAAGGUUUGCUUAUCCUUAAUAUUUCAAGAAAUCAUAUAAGGGGUGAAAUCCCGAAGAGUUUGGGAAAAAUGGUACAGCUAGAGUCUCUUGAUCUCUCACACAGCCAACUGUCUGGAAAUAUCCCUGUGGAGCUGCAAUCGCUCACAUUCUUGGCUUACCUGGACUUGUCCCACAAUCAUCUUUCAGGAAAGAUACCACAAGGGGGACAAUUCUACACAUUUGAGGCAUCAUCCUUUUCAAACAAUUCAGACCUGUGUGGCCUCCAACUGAAUACAACCUGUUGCAGCCUUCACCAAAAUAAAUCAUGUCCUGCAAGCAUUCGGCCAGAGGUAAAUGUUGAUAAGGUAGAUGAAGAAGAAGAUGAUACAUGGUGGGGAGUUGGCCUGGGAAUAAGCUUUGCAGUUGGGUUUUCUAUUGUAAUUGGAGUUUUGUGUCUUACCACAACUUGGAGUAGAAAAUGCUUCCAGAUGAUGGAUAACAUCAUCAUUUAUCUGUUUGAGAAAUUCAGAAAAUAG